UGCUCUGGGAUCCUCAUCCUGGACCGGUUGGACAGCUUCUACUGGGACAACUCAGCUCUACUUGCUAUUGACAGCUUUUUAUUCUCUGUAACAAAACUGGGACCUUUAAAUGAAAAUGGGUCUCACUAUCUCAUCUUUGUUUUCCAGACUGUUUGGCAAAAAACAAAUGAGAAUACUAAUGGUUGGUUUGGAUGCUGCUGGAAAAACAACCAUCCUGUACAAACUGAAGCUUGGAGAGAUUGUCACCACUAUCCCCACUAUUGGUUUUAAUGUGGAAACUGUUGAAUAUAAAAAUAUCUGCUUUACGGUUUGGGAUGUUGGAGGUCAAGACAAGAUCAGACCCCUGUGGAGACACUACUUUCAGAACACACAGGGCCUCAUCUUUGUAGUGGACAGCAAUGAUAGGGAGAGAAUUGCCGAAGCUGAAGAAGAACUUACAAAAAUGAUUCAAGAAGAUGAGUUGAAAGAUGCAGCUAUUCUGGUUUUUGCUAAUAAACAAGAUCUACCCAAUGCAAUGGGAGUGAGUGAAUUGACAGAUAAACUGCGUUUGCAUAGCAGGCGAGACAAAACUUGGCAUAUCCAAGCAACAUGUGCAACAGAAGGAACUGGUCUUUAUGAAGGUCUAGACUGGCUCUCCAGUGAGUUAGAAAAGCGGUAAGACUACUAUAAAGGACAUGAGGAGCAAUGCCAAAGGACUACUGGAGCAAUGCAAAAGGUUUCAAGGUUUACAAAGUGAUUGAGACUGGGAAUUAAUGCCAUUUCUUUCUGCCAGUUUUAAUUAAUCUUAUUUUAAGGCAUUUGUUGAUUUUAAAAAGUGAUGCCUUGAACUUCCUGGUUACCGAUUUUUCCCAUCAUUAUUUAAAUCAGAAUGAAGAGCAUACUUUAUAUCAGAAUGUGCAAUGACCCAUUCCACAAUUUCAUUUUCCUUUUUAAUGUAAAGUACUGACACAGCAAUUAACAUUUUCUUUUAAGAGUUUCUGUCGAGUUAAUAAUUGGAUGUUGUUUUCAAUGGAGAAUUCUAACUCAAGAUGUGGCAAAUCAUACAUUUGAGUGAAGAAAUAAUAUGCUUCCAGUCUUUGUAAAUCAAACUCUAAAUGUUAAUGUAAUAAACAAUGAAAUGCUUUUG